CUUUUUCGUUCGGAAGCGCGGGACGCCAUGGAGGGAACAGAGCAGCAAGAAAGCGUCGACCUCUCAGAAGCCUCGGUCCAGGAAGCCGAGGCCGAUCGAGCUGCCGCCGUCCAACGGGGGGGUGAAACUCCGGCCAGCGAGCCAUCCCCUGCGCCAGACGUCGAAAACGGCCACGUCGAGGCUUCCUCUCUUCUCCAGACGGAGGGUGAAGGUUUAGCGCCGGAGGACAGGCAAGGAACCCUGGGUUCGGCUCCCGUUGUGGUGGAUGACGCAGGUUCUGAAGUUGACACUCCGGAAGACGACGCCGAAGGCGGCGAAGUAGUGGCUACUGACGGCGGUUCGCCGGCAAAAACCCUAAAGUACGCGGACAAGCUGAUGCAGGAAGGGUUGGAUGGUAUGAAGAGCAAGGAUUAUUCAUUGGCCAUAGAUCGUUUUAGCCGCGCCCUUGAGAUCAGAGUUGAUCAUUUUGGCGAACUUAGUCCGGAAUGUGCGCAGACAUACUAUAAGUAUGGAUGUGCGCUGCUUUAUAAAGCACAAGAUGAGAACGAGGCAUUGGCUCUUGGUGAUGCCGUUACUAAGAAAACGUCUGCCGGACGUCGAAAACUGGGGGAUGGUGAAGGUUCCAGCCAUGGAAGCGAGAAAAUAGAUGUGAAAUCCAAUAACAAAUUGGGAAAGCGUAUUGAAGAAGGCCAGGACAGUGUUGAGAAAGAAAAUGAGAAUGCAGGGGAUGAUGUUGAAGAUGUAGAAAUUGGAGAAGAAGAAGAGUCUGAUCUGGAUCUUGCAUUUAGCAUGCUAGACAUUGCUAGGGUGAUUGUUGAAAAAAAUAUCUCUGGUGAUACUAUGGAAAAAGUAGAUAUUAUUUCUGCUCUUGGAGAUGUCUCGCUGGAAAGAGAGGACAUUCAGACCUGUUUGGAGGACUACAGGAGAGCUCUGUCCAUGUUGGAGAGACUUGUUGAACCAGACAACCGCUUGCUUGCUGAAAUUCAUUUCAAGCUUUGCAUGGCGCUACAGAUGGACAACAAAAUUAAAGAUGCUAUAGUACAUUGUGAGGCAGCUGUUUCAGCUUGUGAGGCUAAAUGUCAACGACUGAAGAUGGAAGUUGCUAAUUCAUGUGGUGCUUCUUCCAUGGAGAAGGAUGAAGAGAUCAAAACUCUUGAGCAGCUGUUAGUUGAUCUCAAUGCAAAGCUAGAAGAUCUCCGAGAUUUGCCUGCCAUGCCAACCUUGGCAGAAAUGAUGGCAGAUUUUAAAACAGGUGCUCAAGGUGAGAAAACGGGUGCUUCUUCUGCAGUUGAGGCCUUUACGGGUUCCAGUGGCACUGAUGUGCCGGUAGUGUCUGCCACUGGUGAAAGGAAUCAGGUCGUGCAUCUUGGAAUUGUUGGCAGAGGUGUAAAGCGUGCUACGCCCAUACCAGUCAUGCCUGAAUCUCCAUCAAAGAAGCCUUCUGUUUCAACUCCAGAGGUAUCUGAUGGUUUCCCCAGUGAAUCCGUGGACCCUGGCACUGAAAUUUCCGAACCAAAGUAGAAGUUCGGUAAAUUUCUAUUUCUGUAUUCCUUUGUAUGUUGCAGAGUUGGCUUCUAGCCUUCUAGGCAGAAGAAAGCGAUGAGUUCGAAGAGACAUGAAGGUGGCUCCUGUGGAACUGUGUGACGAUUUUGCUGGUGCUCUGUUGUGUUGAUAAUGGAUUCUUGAAACUGAAUUUGGCCUUCAAAAGUGUUUCGAUGUUAGAAGCUGUAAAACUAGCCUUGUGUUCAUUUCAUCGAACACGAAUUUCAAAUACCUGAAUGUGCUUUAAUGUGAAGGGAAUUCACAAUGUCUUCA